AUGUCAGUUGCAAACAUGAAUGCAGAAUUCAAGACGAAUAAUUCAACUGUGGAGAUCGACUCUCUUUUUCGACUGCAGCUUCCUGACGACUUGGCUCAAAUAGAGGAGCUCAAGUUGGUUGAUCCGCUCUUCUUUGCUCCCCCAUUUUCGGCUCCGCUUCUGAGCAACGCAAUGGCGACUAAUCAAUACGCCAGGAAGCGAGAGUUUGCUGCUGCCUCACAGAAAAUAGUGGACGUAACGGAAGGCCCACCUGUCAAGAAAACAAAGGCUGUGCCGCAUCCUUCGGAUCUUGACUUCAAGGAUGGUCAGCAAGCACGAUUUCGAAACUAUCAGAAAGACCAAUGGACCGAACGCUUUGAAGAGUUGUGUCUAUUUGUAAAGAAGAAUGGGCACUCCUUGGUGCCAAACUCAUUCCAAGAGAAUCCACCGCUUGCCCAUUGGACAAAACGACAACGAUAUCAAUACAAACUGAAAAUUGAGUCGAAACCAUCGACCAUGACAGACGAUCGUGUCCUUGCAUUGAAUGCACUGGGCUUUGUCUGGAAUGCACACGAAGCAGGCUGGGAAGAAAGAUUCCACGAACUUCUGAAGUUCAAGGCCGAAAAAGGACACUGCAAUGUGCCAAGUCUAUACAAAGAAAAUCAAAAGUUGGCAACAUGGGUCAAGUGUGCUCGAAGGCAGUAUAAAUUGUUGGUUGCAGGGAAAAAGAGUAAUAUGACUCUAGAACGGGCAACACGUUUAGCAAAUAUUGGGUUUGUUUGGGAACUUCGGCCAACAAUCAUGAAAUAA